AGUGGAAUUACAUAACGUGGAAAAAGUGAAAGUGGGAAAACAUGUUUUAUGCGGUCAUCUGGAUUUUCUUUGCCACUUUGGUGGCUGUGCUGCUGGGCGGGGUGCGCAAGCCGAGAAGAUUUCCGCCAGGACCACGCUGGUACCCCAUCGUGGGCAGUGCCCUGCAGAUCUCACAGCUGCGAUGUCGCCUGGGCAUGUUCUGCAAGGUGGUCGAUGUGCUGGCCAGUCGCUAUGUGAAUCCUUAUGGCUUCUAUGGCCUGAAGAUUGGCAAGGACAGGGUGGUGAUUGCGUACACAAACGAAGCCAUCAGCGAGAUGAUGACCAAUGAGGACAUUGAUGGCCGGCCCGAUGGCAUCUUCUAUCGCCUGCGCACGUUCAACUCCCGCUUGGGCGUGCUGCUCACCGAUGGCGAGAUGUGGGUGGAGCAGCGUCGCUUCAUUCUGCGACACUUGAAGAACUUUGGCUUCGCCCGCAGCGGCAUGACGGACAUUGUGCAUAAUGAGGCCAGCUGCCUGCUGCAGGAUCUCCGUUCAGUGGUGAGCCGCGAGGGCGGGCAGCAGGCCAGGAUCGAAAUGCACGAUCUGACGAGCGUCUACGUGCUGAACACCUUGUGGUGCAUGCUGAGUGGACAGCGCUAUGAGCCGGGCUCUGCGGAGAUCACCGAACUGCUGGAGACCUUCUUCGAGCUCUUCAAGAACAUUGACAUGGUGGGCGCGCUGUUCAGUCACUUUCCGCUGCUGCGUUUCAUUGCGCCGGACUACUCCGGCUACAAUGGCUUUGUGGCGAGCCAUCGUGCACUCUAUACCUUUAUGAGCAAGGAGAUUGAGCUGCAUCGUCGCACCUAUCGCAACUACGAUGAACCGCGCGAUCUCAUGGACAGCUAUCUGCGUGCCCAGGAGGCGGGUGGCGAUGAAAAGGGCAUGUUCUCGGACGAAAGUCUGCUGGCCAUUUGUCUGGACAUGUUCCUGGCUGGCUCAGAGACCACCAACAAGUCGCUCGGUUUCUGCUUCAUGCACCUGGUCCUGCGGCCGGAUAUACAGGAGCAGGCCUAUGCCGAGAUCAAGGAGGUUGUGGGUCUGGAGCGCAUUCCAGAGUGGACACGCGAUCGCUCGAAGAUGCCCUACUGCGAGGCUAUCACCCUGGAGGCGGUGCGAAUGUUUAUGCUCCACACUUUUGGCAUUCCCCAUCGUGCGGUCUGCGAUACGCGUCUGGCUGGCUACGAGAUACCCAAGGACACAAUGGUCAUUGCCUGCUUCCGUGGCAUGCUCAUCAAUCCGGUGGACUUUCCCGAACCGGAAACAUUCAAUCCCGAGCGUUACCUCUUCGAUGGCCAGCUGAAGCUGCCAGAGGCCUUCAAUCCCUUUGGCUUUGGGCGUCAUCGUUGCAUGGGCGAUCUGCUGGGACGCCAGAAUCUGUUCAUGUUCACCACCACCGUGCUGCAGCACUUUAAGCUGAUUGCCAUUCCGGGACAAAUGCCGGAGGAGGUGCCACUGGAGGGUGCCACAGCGGCAGUGAAGCCAUACGAGAUUAUGCUGGUGGCCAGAGCACCUGAACAGGCUUGCUGAUCCAGC